AGACGGAACAGCAGUCCCGUACUACUGAAGUCUCUCGUGUCGUCUCUGUGUAUCUGGGUGUGAGGGACAACCGGAGAAGACGAGCGCCAGAGAUGAUAAGGGCGGCGUCUCCACGGCCUCCGUCCGCCGUGCAGCUACGCAGCUGCGGCCGCGCAGCCGCCUCCUCCUCCUCCGCGCGCCCCUUCAGGACCAGGGGGAGCGAUGGUAGAGUCGCGGCGACAAGUGGGAGGAGGAGGAGGAGCACCAUCUCCUGUGUCGCGUCUGACGACAGGGAGGGGCCCCGCGGCGCAGCGCCUCCGUCUCCGGCUCCGGCUCCCACGGCUCCUUCCGACGGAUCGAUACAGCUCUAUUCCCAGAUCGAGAAGGUGAUCACGGAGGCGGCGAAGCAGUCCAACCAGGGCUGGAGCUCCACCGGAGAUUGGACGGAAAUCGAGGGGGCGUGGGUGUUGAGGCCCAAGUCCUCGGAGCCCGCGUUUGUCGUUCAUUUCAUUGGUGGGAUUUUCGUCGGGGCCGCGCCGCAGGUCACGUACCGCUACUUCCUCGAGCGUCUCGCAGACAAGGGAGCUUUGGUUAUUGCAACACCAUAUGCUAGUGGCUUUGAUCAUUUCUUCAUCGCAGAUCAAGUUCAGUUUAAGUUUGACAGGUGCUUGAGAAACUUGGUAGAACCUGUAAAUGACCUUCCCACAUUUGGUGUUGGACACUCAUUGGGAUCAGUCAUCCAUCUUCUGAUUGGAUCAAGAUAUGCUGUGCAGCGAAGUGGAAACAUACUGAUGUCAUUCAAUAACAAGGAAGCAAGCCUGGCGAUUCCAUUAUUUUCACCUGUCAUCGUUCCCAUGGCACAGAGUUUUGGCCCAAUAUUAUCCCAGCUGACAUCAUCUCCAACAAUUCGUUUUGGGGCUGAAGCGGCUAUUAAGCAAAUUGAGAAUCUAGGCCCUCCUGUUGUUAAGCAGCUUCUUCCCUUAAUUCAACAACUUCCUCCACUGUAUAUGGACUUAGUAAAGGGCCGAGAAGACUUCAUUCCAAAACCAGAGGAGACACGCCGGCUAAUAAAAUCCUACUACGGAAUAUCUCGAAAUCUCCUUAUAAAGUUCGAAGAUGAUCAAAUUGAUGAAACCUCCAUCAUUGCACAAGUACUAAGCUCUGAAUCUGCCAUUAGCUCACUGCUUGAUAUGUCGAUUCGUUCACUUCCUGGGGAUCAUGGCCUUCCAUUACAACAGGUACUUCCUGACGUUCCACCAGGAAUGGCUGAUGCAGUGAGCCGUGGAGGUGAACUCCUGGCAAAUCUUACAACAGGCACACCAUGGGAGGCUGUUGCUAAGGAGGUAGGUACCACUUUUGGCACCGACUCUGGCGUUCUGCGAACACAGGUCCCUGAGGAUGUCAAUGCACUUGUGGAUGUAAUUGCUUCAUGGGUAGCUUCAAACUCUGGCCCAAAACUACUUCGUUCAUGACUACCCACAAUGCUUGGGGAUGUAAAUAAUAGUGUAGAACCACGAGGUUUACUGACCACUGAGGAAUUAUGAGUAAUGGAAAUUUUGGAUUGCA